GGUGCGGUAUUGAGGCCCGUCCCCUGCUCUCGAGACUUUCUCUCCCUCUCUCUUUGUUUCUCUUUGCCAUCUCCUCCUCUCGAUCUGUAAGUUAUUUUUGGAUUUUUUUGAAUUAUUUCCUUUCGCCUCAACUCUAUGCGUUGAAUUCAAGCAGAAACUUGCAGAAAUUUGGUGCAUUCUGCUUGAUUUAUGGUUCUAGGAUCGCAACGACGGUACAAACCGUAGAUCCUGUUCGUUUGUGGGAUGUAUAUCUUCGAUUUUGGGUUAGGUUUCGGGGAAACUAAGAUUUUGAGGUGAAAUCCUGUGCUUCGUCUUCGGAUCUCGAGGGUUAGUCUACAUUCCAGCUCGAGUUUCGAGGUUUUACUUCUUCAUCGUAAUAGAUUCGGGGGCCAUUGGCCGUGAUUUGUUCGAAUUUUGGUGGGAUCGGGAAGGGUUAGGGUUUUCUAAAUGGCUUCGAAUUCUCCAUUCCUGGUGGAGGAUCAGACGGACGAAGAUUUCUUUGACAAAUUGGUGGACGAUGAGUUCGAGUCCUCCACCACCGCCAGCAGAUCAAACCCCCAGUUUGCUGACGGUAAUGAUUCUGACGACGCGAAAGCGUUCGCGAAUUUGAGCAUCGGUGAGGUUGGAAAUCCAUAUGAGGAUGUGGGGGGUGGUAGUCGCGGCGGCGAUGAAGAUAACAUGUUGGAUUCUGGAUCGAAAAGUGAGAAGGAUUGCAUGGAUGAAGCUGCAGAGUUGUUGGGUGCUCACGCUGAUGAGAGGAAUUCAUUGAUUUCAUCCAAUUCGGUUGAGCAUGAUAGGAUAAUGGAGUCGAGUAAUGAUGGGAUUGGAUCCGGAUUAACACCGGAUUGGACUGUGAGCAAGAGCAGCGGAUCCGGGGGCUCUAGGGUUAAGGAGGUGGGCUGGAAUUCUUUUCACGCGGAUACGGAGCAGAAUGGCAGUGAAGGGUUUGGAUCGUACUCCGAUAUUUUCAAUGAAUUGGAAGGUGAUUCCAGUGGUUUCCCGGGAAAUGUGGGCGAUAACUUGAAUAGCAAACCGGAAAUUGAAUCGGCCAAUAAAAACUGUGGAGCUGAUGGUAUGAAUAAUUUGGUCAAUUAUGCGCAUUAUCAGGAGAGUCAAAUUCAUGGUGCAUCAAUGGAACAAAGUACGAAUGUGCAGGAUUUUAAAGAUAGCCAGUACUGGGAUAAUCUCUAUCCUGGGUGGAAGUAUGAUCCCAAUACCGGGCAAUGGUAUCAAGUCGAUGGAUAUGAAACUAUGGCAGCGGAUGCUCGUGAUUCGGCAACUGAUCUGGGCGCUGUUUCUGAUGGUAAAACGGAGGUUUCUUACAUGCAGCAAGCUGCUCCCUCAGCCGUGGGAACUGUGACUGAAACUAGCUCGACUGAGUGUGUGUCUAACUGGAGUCAGGUUUCCCAAGGGAAUAACGUGUACCCGGAUCAUAUGGUUUUUGAUCCUCAGUACCCCGGCUGGUAUUAUGACACAAUUGCGCAAGAAUGGAGCGCUUUGGAUACGUACACUUCCUCCGUUCUAUCAACCGCACAGACCCAUGAUCAGCAGCAUCAGAAUAGGUUUGUUUCCUCUGGUAGUUUUCAGCAGAAUAGUAAUAGCUUAAAUGGUGAGUACUUUCAAACUGACAAUUAUGGACAAGGUUUUGUGAGCCAAGGCGCGGAUCAAAGCUGGGCUGGGGCUUACAACAAUGAUUAUCAGAAGGAUUUGAAUGCAUGGCAAGCUGAAGCUUUUCCAAAGAGUGCGGCUUUUGCAACUUUGAGUGGAAAACAGCAAUUGGAUAAUUCUUAUGGCUCGAAGGUUUCUGUGAACCUCAAUCAGGAAAAUGCUAAGCUGGAUGACCAAACACAAUUCUCGAACAAUUACUUUGACAGUCAGAAAAACGCAAAUGUUUCCCAGCAAUCCUUUGGGAGUGGCCAUCAGGCUUCUUAUGCUCCCAAUGUAGGAAGAUCGUCUGCUGGGCGUCCUCCACAUGCUCUGGUAACGUUUGGGUUUGGCGGAAAACUCAUUGUAAUGAAAUAUAGUAGUUCUCUCAGUAGCUCAUCGUAUGGAAGCCAGGAUCCUGUAGGAGGCUCAAUUUCUGUUAUGAACUUGACGGAAGUUGUCUUAGGAAACACUGAUGCUUCAAGCCUUGGAUUGGGUGCCUCUUGUUAUUUUCAUGCUCUGUGCCAACAAUCCUUUCCAGGUCCAUUGGCUGGUGGGAGUGCUGGAAGUAAAGAGUUGAACAGAUGGAUUGACGAGAGGAUAACAAGCUGUGAAUCAUCCAACAUGGAUUAUAAAAAAGGCAAAGUAUUGGGGUUGCUUUUCUCUUUGCUUAGGAUAGCUUGCCAGCAUUAUGGAAAACUUCGAUCUUCUUUUGGUGCUGAUGUUGUUUUGAAGGAAAAUGAUUCUCCUGACUUAGCAGUUGCUAAACUUUUUGCAUCUGCCAAAAGUAAUGGUGCACAAUUCAAGGAGUACGGGGCUCUUAGCCACUUUCUGCAGAAAUUGCCUUCUGAAGGACAGCUAAUGGCAACUGCUUCUGAGGUACAAAAUUUUCUCGUUUCUGGUAGAAAGAGAGAAGCUCUUCAAUGUGCACUAGAAGGUCAGUUGUGGGGACCUGCACUUGUGCUUGCUUCACAGCUUGGUGAUCAGUUCUAUGUUGAUGCUGUGAAGCAAAUGGCAGUUCGCCAGCUGGUUGCAGGAUCACCUCUCCGUACUUUAUGCCUGCUAAUUGCAGGGCAGCCAGCAGAAGUUUUUUCUUCAAACACAACUGAUUCUGGUCUUUUGGGUGCUUUUAGUAUGCAUCAACAGCCUGCAAAGAUUGGAGCCAAUUUUAUGCUUGAUGACUGGGAGGAAAAUUUGGCUGUAAUAACUGUAAACAGAACAAAAGAUGAUGAACUAGUACUUAUUCAUCUUGGAGAUUGCCUGUUGAAGGAAAGAAGUGAGAUUACUGCUGCGCACAUCUGCUAUUUAGUUGCAGAAGCAAACUUUGAGUCGUAUUCAGACAGUGCCAGACUCUGUCUAAUUGGAGCAGAUCAUUGGAAAUUUCCUCGAACGUAUGCUAGUCCAGGGGCUAUUCAGAGGACCGAGUUAUAUGAAUAUUCCCAGGUGCUCGGGAACUCUCAGUAUGUCCUGCUACCAUUUCAACCAUAUAAGAUCAUAUAUGCACACAUGCUAGCUGAAGUGGGGAAGGUUUCAGACUCUUUGAAAUACUGUCAAGUGGUAUUGAAGUCUUUGAAGAUUGGUCGAGCACCCGAAGUAGAAACAUGGAAACAAUUAGUGUUAUCUCUUGAGGAGAGGAUCAGAACCCAUCAACAGGGUGGAUACACCACAAAUUUGGCUCCAGCAAAAUUAGUUGGGAAAUUGCUCAACUUUUUUGAUAGUACUGCACAUCGUGUUGUUGGGGGUCUCCCACCACCUGCACCAUCAACAUCUCAAGGAAGUGUUCCAGUUAAUGAACAUUAUCCCCAGCCAACCGGCCCUAGAGUAUCGUCUAGUCAGUCAACAAUGGCGAUGUCAUCAUUAGUGCCUUCUGCUUCAAUGGAGCCCAUAAGUGAUUGGACAGCCGGUGGUAAUAGAAUGACAAUGGCCAAUAGAAGUGUUUCAGAGCCAGACUUUGGUAGGACUCCAAGACAGGAACAGGUUGAUUCAUCAAAAGAGAUGGCCUCAGUAAACAAACAAGGCAAAGCUUCACGCUUUGCUCGCUUUGGUUUUGGCUCACAGUUGCUGCAAAAGACUGUCGGGCUAGUUAUAAGGCCUCGCUCAGAUCGACAGGCUAAACUGGGUGAUAAGAAUAAAUUCUAUUAUGAUGAAAAGUUGAAGAGAUGGAUUGAGGAAGGUGCUGAACUCCCAGCUGAAGAAGCUGCCUUGCCUCCUCCACCUCCGACAAUGGCAGCCUUCCAGAAUGGUACGUCAGAUUACAAUUUGAAUUCCACAUUACAGAGAGAAGGGACUUUGAUGAAUCAGAGUCCAGAUUAUAAAAGUCCUACUCCUUCAGAGCACAGUUCAGGAAUCCCAUCUAUUCCAUCUGGCUCAAAUCACUUUUCGGCUCGGGGAAGAAUGGGCGUACGUUCAAGGUACGUGGACACCUUCAACCAAGGUGGUGGAAACCCUGCAAGCAUGUUCCAGUCACCGUCUGUGCCAUCCGUUAAGCCUGCUGUUGCUGCAAAUGCAAAGUUUUUUAUUCCCACCCCAGCAUCAUCAGGUGAACAGACAAUGGAGGCUAUUGCAGAAAAUGGGCAAGAGGGAAUUCCAACCAAUGAGGAUCCUUCAACAUCCAAUGCCAAUGACUCGUUCCCAUCUCCUGUACCUUCAUCAUCAAUGACAAUGCAGAGGUUCCCUAGCAUGGGUAACGUCCCAGGCAGAGUAGCAACAAAUGGCAAGGCCUCUGUCUCUCCUUACUCUCGGCGAACAGCUUCUUGGAGUGGAAGCUUCAGUGAUCCAUUCAGCCCUCCCAAUCCAGCGGAAAUAAAACCUUUAGGGGAAGUAUUGGGCAUGCCCCCAUCGACAUUGAUGCCUAAUGAGCCUUCUUUGAUGCGUAUGCCAAUGAAUGAUGGCAGUCUUGGGGAUGACCUUCAUGAAGUGGAACUUUGAGCCAACAAAGUUGAGAUGUAAAUAUCGAAGUUUUGUUCUUUGUGAUCGAUAGAAUACUCGGUAUAAUCCUCCUGGAUCUCUCUCCAAAAUGGUGGUAUGUGCUGCAACCCGACUCCAGAGAAGAAACAAAAAGAGGUCACCCCUUUAAAGUUUCCAGCUUACCUAUACUGCCGGCGCUGAUUUCUAUAGUCCUAAAUUUCAAGUUGAAUGUGCCAGGAGUAGCCACCAUUUGAGGAUUCAGGAGUUUAUACUCCCAUCAGCAAGCAAGGAGAGACCCUGCAUCGGCACCAUUGUACAGUUCAUUUGUUCAUUUAUUGAGAAAUAGGAAGGCUCUCUGGGUAGGUAGAGUCUGAAAAGAUAUCUUCUCAAGGGAAGAAAGGUAAGUGUAUUGAAUUGCAAAAAUAAGUUGUUUUGCUUGUCAAUUUGCAUGAUUUUUAAUGUUUUAUAAAAUUGAAUCAAAUGUCCCAAGUGGAUGUCGAGGUUUCCACCACCAAGAUUUUGCGGCUUGAAAGUUUCCACCAAGAUUCGAAUAAGAAUGACCUGACGAUGA